GAUUUCGGGGCCGACAGUUGACUUACCUCUUACUUGCAAAUUUUUCCUGCUUCCCCAGUUUCUCAGUGUUCUCUUCGCGUUCCCUUUCUCUCUAAUAAAUAUCAUUCUUUGUUACUUUUUUCUCAAUAAUGGGAGGCAACGACAAUAUUUUCUUUCAUGUUUCGAACGUCGACAUGGUAGUUAAGCAAGACAAAUCAUUGCCCUCUCCUACGUUCGAAAUUGAGGUUAAGGCUACGUUUGUCAUCGUCGAGAGAGAUUGCGGCGUAGGAGGUGAAGUGUUUAUGGAGGUGGGGAGGAUUACUUCUGAGGUGGUUCACGAGUUUCCUUUAGAAGACUUGAUUAGCGAUUCAAACGGUGCCGUUUUGGACAUGCUUGACUCCAUGCGUGUCCCGGUUCAACCGUCCAUGGUGGAAGAAAUAGCGGCCAUUGCGGUUCGCUGGGCGGCUGCUGCUAGAGAAAGUGACAGGAAGGUUUUGAGAAUGCGGGUGGAGAUUGAGGCAGUUGUUGAUCACGUGCCUGACUUUGGGAAUGAUGACACCGAUGAUGAUAAUGAAGAUGAAGCAGCGAUGACCAUGGAAGAGGUGGCGGAGAAUGUGGGGAAGGUGGUGGUUGAAGGGUCGGAGAAGGAUUGUCCGGUCUGUUUGGAAGAGUUGGUGGUGGGUUCAGAAGCGGCUUGCAUGCCUUGCUCGCAUGUAUUUCAUGAUCUUUGCAUUGUGACUUGGCUGAAAAAGACAAAACGCUGCCCUUGUUGUCGUUUUAUGUUGUCUAAGGAAAAUUAAAGUUUAGGGUUAGAACUAGGAGGAGAAGCAAGAAGUUUUUUUUUUUUUUAAGGAAGCUUCUGCUGUAUGGUUUUUUCUUUCCUUAAAUUAAUUCCUAAUUGUACGAAUUUAUUUCCUAAACGUUAUUUUUUAAAAUAAGUAUUAUAUGAAUAAAAUUAUCUUAAU